AUGGAAGGUGACGAAACACCGCACAACACCGCCGGACCGCCCGACACGAAAAAUGGUUGGAAAAAUGAUUUUUCUCGAUUUUUUCACGCUGAAAUUCAUUUCUCGUUGUAGAAAGUGUCGAAAUUCGGGAAAAUUCGACAGAAGAAGAGGUGGAUAACGACGAGGAAUUGAAUAUGGAAACUGUGGAUUUGGGAUUAGAUGAUUCGUAAGCUUUUUUUUGAGAAAUUUGAAAAGUUCAUUGGAAAAAUACUCUAAAAAUUCCAGAUCAACAACAGAAGCUUCCCAGUCGUCGAACGUCUUCAAAAAUGUUGACGACGUGCCGAAUAGGCUAGAACCGUCGGAUUCAGACGAGAUUUCGGUCCCUCCGACGGUCAAUUCGACGCCCACGCAAGACGUUUCGCCGCCCGUCACCAUCGAAUCGCUUCCGCCGCUUCCAGAAGGAAAAGAAUUAGAGUUGGAGGUCAGUUUUCUAAUUUAACCUAACUUCAGCUCCAAAAAAUGUUCCCUUAUAAGGUGAGCAAGAAAAACACUUCAAAAAAAUGAGUUUCCGUUCGAAUUUCCACAUUUCUCCGGAAUUCCGUACCGGGCUUAAGAAAUAUUUCAUUUCAAUGCAACAAAUUGAUAUUUUAGCGUCAAAGUUUUCAAAAAAGUACAUUAUCUCCCCACCAUUAUUUCCCCGUUUGCACCGCAUUAUUCUGCAGCCAGAAGAGCUGACUCCGGCUCAAUUUUUCAUCGAAUACGACCUGACUCAACCGCCGACGCCCGGAAAUCAGUCCCGCCGCGACAGUUACUCGGCCACCGGCAUCGGAAACAUUUCGAGGCGCGGCAGCCUGGCCUCCUUCUCCAAAUCGUUCAACAUUUCGAUUCCGUUCGGUGUUCGUGAAUGCACGACUUUUUUUAAACAUCGCAUGAACAAGUACUGACUUUGCAUUUGUGAUUGAAAAUUUGUGCUACGAUAUAAUAAUUGAGUAGGUCAAACAAAGUGCCAAUUCUUUAGUUGACAAGUUCUCUGCAUUUUGUUCAAAAAUCGAAAAGAAUUCUGAAAAAGCGCAUGGCUUGCACAUAAUUUGACAGCGUUCUCUCUAUUUGACCUACCAUCUUCACCCAGAUUUUCUUUUAAAAAAACAGAUAUACAAUGGCCAGAAAUGCUUUGUUUUUAUCAUUUUCCGGGUUACUCACUUGCUAGAACCACAAUUUUGCAAAAAAAAAAAUUGGCUGUUUUGAACGAUAAUCCCGCUAUUAUAAACUCAAUUUUCAGUUGAAUUUGAAAAAGACAUAAUUUGCAGGACGACGUGACGUCAUCUCUGCCACGUCUUCUCUCAAAAACGACAUUGAUUCACUCGAAUGAGGAGGGCGCCGACGAGACGAUCCAAAGACUUGUGGCCGCUUUGCAUUCGGGCUCCGCCGCCGCCGAUCGCACUCAAAUUGUCGAUAAUUUGUUCAAUUUGGUCAGUUUUCUUUUUCGAGGAGAAAUUGGGUUGAAAAUGUAAAUGUUUUACAGCUGGUCGGCGGACAAUUCGAUCAGGAAUCGAAGUUUGUGAUUGAGGACGCGGCGAAUGUGGACCACAUGCUCACUCUGCUCUCCCAUUGUGACUAUGAUCUGCAGGUGAUUCUUAUUUGAAUUUUUCCAAAGCCACGCUAUUUGAAGCCUUUUUAGUCCGAUCGGACCGAGGCUUCUUGGACCUGGGUCCAAGUUUCAGACCGAUCGGAUCAUCUGGACCCGAGAUAUGUGGAUCAGAGGCCGGAAAGGCCGCAAUUCUCGCAAAAACCCGCAUAUCUCGAGACCGGACAAUCCGAUCGCUCUGAAACUUGAACCCAAUGUACUUCAAUCCAAGUCCAAGAGGCCUGCAAAGUUUGGGCCCGAUCAGAUUAUCACGAGUGGGUCAAAGAACCUGGGCCGGAAUUUUGCCCAUUGCUUUUUUAAUGUUAAUGUUCAGAACGAAAUCUGGAGCCUUUUUCUGGCGGUCAUCCGAAAAAGCAACCGGAAUUUGGAGGCGUGCACCCGCGUCGGACUGAUUUCCAAGUGAGUUUCUUCUACUUCUCAAAUUCUAACCGAUUUCCCAAACAAAAAAGUGUUUUUCAGAGUGCUCGAGCUGCUUCCAGAAGCUCCGCCCCUUUUGGCAGAUCUUCUCGUGCAAAUAAUCGCCGCUCUGGUCGCUUAUUCGAUAAAUGUGAAACAGACGAAACACUUGCUCCGAGCACUCAAAUCCACGAAUGAGCAAUGGGUAAUUUGAAAACAAAUCUGAAGAUUAACAAAAAAUUCGAAUUGCAGCCGCCCAACUCGCUGAAAUUGCUGCACGUGCUCAAAGAGAUGCCCCAACACGACAGUGCCGACGUUUUCUUUUCGUUUCCCGGAAAAGAUCAAUCGGUAAAUGUUUUUAGAUUUAUUUUUUUUUUGUGUGUAUAACGUUUCAUAACCCAAAAAAUGUUUUGCAGGGAAUAAUCCUUCCGCCGAUCAAAACGAUGCCCUACCAGCAAGGAUGGACAUUUGCCACGUGGCUCCGCAUGGAACCCCUCAACAGUGUCACUUUCGAGAAGGAGCAGCCCGUUUUGUACAGGUUAGAAGCACUUGGUUUUUUUUUUCAAUUUUUUCUCCGUUCCACGUCGAUCCAUGUAAAUCCAUCGGUAGUUUUGACAUCGUAUACUCCUCUGUGUCUGUCUGAAGUGCAUCUUAUUGCCACAUUUCGUAAAAAUGCCUAAAAACGGAACAGCGCGCAGUUAGAGUUGUGGCCUAGGAAACUCUGGUGUGAAAACUCUUCCCCGACACCCUUGCACACUUUGACAAUUUCUAAGGAAAGAUCCUAUGGCCUAGGAGUUUUCUGGGCCACGGCCACACGCAACCACUGCUUCUAAUAGUUCUUAUUUUGCAGCUUCCGCACAUCAAAAGGAAUCGGCUACUCGUGCCAUUUCACCGGCAACUGUCUAGUUGUGAACGUGGAAAAAGCAAAGGGAAAGGAGCAGUCGAGAUGUGUGCGCGCAGAGUUGGGCGCCCGAAAAUGGCAUCACAUUGCCAUCGCACACUGUUAUUCUCGCUGGGGACGAUCCGAUAUCAAGUGCUUCAUCGACGGACAACUCGCCGAGACCAUCGAAUUAUCGUGGUACGUGAAAAAAAAUGGGAAUUUUAUCCGGGGAACUAGAAACGGCUCGGCCAGCUCCUCCAUUCCGCCGUCUACUUGUCUCAUUCAGGGUGGUAACGUCGGCGACGAACUGGGACCGCUGCUCGAUCGGAGUGUCGGCCGACGGAACGGUGAACAGCGCGUUUUGCGGUCAAAUGGGCGCCAUGUACCUGUUCGCCGAGGCGCUUUCCCUCCAACAGGCCAACUCGCUGUUCUGUCUCGGACCUGCCUAUCAGUCGACGUUCAAACACGACUCGGAGACGAGCCUGCCAGAAGGAUACAAAAAAGUAGGCGUUUUUCAGAGUUUUUGGAAUCUCCUAACCUUUCAGCAUUUAUUCGACGGACACCUCCACUCGUCGCUAAUGUUCGCCUAUUGUCCGAAGAAUUGUCACGGACAGCUCUGUCUUUAUACGCCGCCCAAAACGGCGGUCGCCUCCACGUACUUUGUGCAAAUUCCGCACGCCGUCAUGAAAGAGGUACUACCUACUGUAAAAACGUGAUGUAUCUCCAGAAUCAAUGAGAAUGGCGAGAACUUGUCAACUAAAGAAACAUUGCUAAAGACUAUCUGGACAGUUUUUCAGUUGACAACUUCUUCGCAAGUCUGCUCGUUUUUGUGAUACGACACACUUUUUCUGAACAGCCUGUACAGCUAAAAAAAAUGUUAGGUUGAUCAACUUUGUAGUUGAUGAUGAUUAUUCUCCAUUCCGCCCGUGUCGAUCCAUGUUAAAACAUCGAUAAUUUUGAAAAUAGCGCCUUCAAUUGUCUCUAUUUUUGCAGGGCGUCGAAGUGAUCACGACGCAUUCGAUCCACAAAUCGCUACAGUCUGUGGGCGGAAUUCAAAUUCUCCUUCCACUUUUCGCUCAACUCGAUUUGCCCUCUUCUCAUGACAAUUCGAUUGACGGAGACGUUUGGUAGGCAUUGUUUUAAUGUUAAACAAUUCUUCUGAAGUUUGCAUGCUUUCUCUCUUUUUUUUUCUUUAAUUCCAGAUUUUCGCUCUUGGCCUGAACUUUUUACUAACGGCGCAUUCAUUUUACUCCAUUUAUUGUGUCGAAUCGCUGCGAGACCCGUCUGUCUGUUCUACCGCGCGAUUUUUCUGGUUUCUUCUUGGAUUGAAGUGUAUUGGGUCCGAGUUUAAGACCGAUCGGAUCACCUGAUCCCGAGAUACGUGGAUAAAGGGCCAGAAUCGGCCCUCAAGCACUAUCUCGCGAGUAAAUGAUCCGAUUGGACUGAAACUUGGACCCAAUAUACUUUAAUCCAAGUCCAAGAAGUCUGCUCAGUUUGGUCAAAAGCCCCGACCUGAAAAUUGCAUUUUUUCAGCCAAACCCUGCUCUCGCUCAUCUCUUUACUUCUCUCGAGUUCGCAGAGCUCCCAACAGCAACUCUUCCACUCGAAAGGCUUUCUCAUCAUUUCCUCGUGUCUCCAGAAGGCGUCUCCCUCCCAUUUAUCCAUGAAAGGUUGUUUUUUUUAAAUAUUGUUUUUAAAUAAAUGUUUUUGUUGCAGUGCUCGAGCAGCUGAUCCACAUUGCAAAGUUCCUGCUGAGGUGUCCGGCCGGCGGUCCCCUGCUCAAGCAUCUCUUCGAUUACAUCCUCUUCAAUCCGAAACUGUGGAUCCGUGCGCGUCCGGACGUCCAGGUCCAUCUCUACCAGUAUCUGGCCUCCGACUUCCUCGCCAACAAUAACUUUUCGCAAAUGCUCCGCCGCGUGCCGACCGUCAUCGAAAUGUGUCACACUCUGAAGCACUUUUACUGGUUGGCCCUUCCGCAGACCGUCUCCAAUUAUACGGUCGAAGAACGACCCGAACACUUUGCAACAGCUGAUAUUGUCGCUAUUCGGUAAGAAUCCGGGGGAAAAGUUAGGUCAGGUCCGAGGGAAUUUACCCGGGAAAGUCGAGAGAUUACUCGGGACAGUGAGAAGAAAAGAGCUAUUUGACUUUGCCUAUUCAAGCAGAAGACGGAGGCAAAUCCGCGGCGAACGAAUAAAUAGAAAAAGAAUAAUCAGAAGCUUAGAAGAACAAGACGAAAGAGGAGGGAGUUCGUGAUGACAUGGCAAAUACGGAGAGAAGAGAAAGUGUCGUCAAGUUAGAGUGUGUGCGCGCUGAGACGCAGAGAGAAGGAGAAAACGGGGAGAGAAAGAAAGAUUGGUGCACAAGACAUGUGGAAACAUUUCCAGAAGCGCAAUUCUGACGUUCAUCAACCGAAUCAUUGUGACUUCGUCGCCGGAAGAGGACGAUCGGUCGCGCGAUCAGGAAGUGCACACACUUUUGAAUCUGCUCGCCACCGUCAGAGAGGUUUGUUUGGAAUUUUCCGAAAUGUUUUGAAUAAAGAGCGUACAAUUAAAAAGUUAAAAGUUACAAAGUGCGUCCUGUGUACAUGAUUUUUCUCAAGAUUUGAGGCCUCAACGUACUUUAUUCAAAAAGAUGCUCAUAACUCGAAAAUAAGACGUUUCGGAAGAAAGUGGUCAACUGGAAAGUUGUUGAGCAGAUGAUUUACAACAACUCUUCAGUUGACCACAUUCCAAAAGGACAAACGGUUUUUGAGAUGCGGGUCACAGAAGUUGGCCUCAAAACUGGCCCUAAAAGUGAUUUUAUAGAAUAAUGGUGUAAUGGACCUGUGUGUAACUACUUUUUACGCUCUAUCCGACUAAUUUUCUUGUGACAGGCCUCUUUGAACAUUAAAAACCAAUGUUUAUUUGCAGGACGACAACCUGUACGACGUGCUGACUCUGGUGACCCGGUUGCUCGCCGAGCAUCCGGCGAUAAUGAUCCCGGCAAUCGACAAGAACAAGGCGCUCGGCAUCAUCUUCAACCUUUUGGCCGCUCCGAACGAACUGAUUCGCAUUCCGGCACUCAAAAUACUCGGCUUCUUUUUGGCGAGGUCCACGUUGAAGUGAGCAAUUUUUUGAGAAAGCUCUGGAAAAUCGAUAAACUGCUUUGCAGACGAAAAACCGAGUCGAUGGGCAACCAGAACCUAUUUUCGUUGAUCGGCGAACGACUCUUGUCGCACAAGAGAAUGAUCUCGCUGGCCACGUACAACGUGCUUCUGGAGGUGCUCUGCGAGAAAAUGACGACCGAUUUCGCCUACGUGGCACACAAUCCGGCCAGUCCCGACUGGAAGUGCGUUUUUUUUUGUCGUCUAAUUUUCUUUUGCAUUUCUUCAACUUUUAGUUUCACAGGGCGGGUUCUUCAAUACAUAGACGCAUCAUAGACAGAUCACGAGCACUUUGUAGGGUAAAUAGGCCUGCGAUAGGCCUAUUAUAUGCGAAUUCGGGUCCAUGAUAUUCAGCGCGGCGGUAAAGUCGGAAAUGUCCAGAUUGUUGGAUCAUAGUUGGAUCAUCGCCAACAGUUUUGCGUCCUCUGAACCUUCCGUCUCAAUAGAGUCACCUGCGUUUUCUACAGUUCUUCGUAGCGUGUUUUUUAAUUCCAAAAAAAAAUAAGCGUAUUUGCAGAUUCGAAAACCCGCACCUGUUGAAAGUGAUCGCGCACGUGAUCGGCCAAUGCGAGGAGACGGAAUCGCUGGUGCACAUCAAAAAGUGCUUCCUCAUCGAUAUCAUCAAUUUGUGCAGAGAGAGCAAGGAAAAUAGGAGGUUUGUUGUUUUCAAAAUUCGCAAGAGCAUUUGCAGUGUGCAAUCACUCUAGAAAGUUCGAAAGUUCUAUUUCAACCUGCGCAAUAGAAAAUCAAAUGCAAAACAUCAACAUUUGCUAAUAAUCAAAAUUGCAGAACGAUCCUGCAACUGUCGGUGUGGCAAGACUGGCUGAUCGGCCUCGCCUACGUGUUCCCCGCGUCGGAAUCGCAGCUGGAAGUGUCGGAACUCGCGUGGGAGGCCUUCUCGAUCCUCCUCCAUCACGCGCUUCGCCACGAGUACGGCGGAUGGCGGGUCUGGGUGGACACGUUGGCGAUCGCGCACUCGAAAGUCAGCUACGAGAAGUUCAAACGGAAAUUGGCGGAGGCGAAGGCGCGCGCCGACAAAAACGACGCCGCCGGCGAGGAGUGCGUUUCGUACUAAUCGACCAUGUUUCACAAUUUCGAUGGUUUCAGAGCGAAAAUGGAGCCGACGCCGAUUUAUCGUGCUCCGGAAUUCGUCUGGUCCGACGUGCACGUUCGACUUUUGGCCGAUUUGCUGUCGGGCGUCGAACGAGUUGUGGAGGAGUGGAAAGGGCACGUUUGCUAUGUGAAAUGUUGUAAAGAAAAUGUAUAUUUGGCAAUUUUUCAUUGCUUUGUGUAAUUUUUGUAUGUGAAAAAGUGUCGCUAGUUUUUUCAAAAUUGAGGGUAAAAUGUGAUUGCAGGGCCGAAGGAGGAAUCUCUGAGCAGUGUAACGCUUCGGAGAGUCAAGUGUUCGUCGGAAAUGUGGUCCACGUGGUUUCUCAGCUGGCCGACAGUCUAAUUAUGGCUUGCGGUGGACUUUUACCGCUUUUGGCCAGUGCCACGUCACCCAAUGUGAGUUUUUAUUUUUUUUUUCCCCCGAAUUGCUCUACAUUUUCUCGCUCAGAACGACAUGGAAAUAGUGGAUCCGUGCCAACAACAGCUGCCGAUUUCGGUGGCCGCCGGUUUUCUGAUGCGAUUCGCCCGUCUCGUCGACACGUUCGUGCUCGCCUCGGGCGUCUCGUUCGCUGAACUGGAGCAGGAGAAGAACAUGCCGACGGGCGGUGUGCUCCGGCAAUCCCUUCGAAUCGCGGCGACGGUCACCGUGCGGCACAUACUCGCGUCGCGCAUUCAGCGCCCCGACACGCCCAAGUACGAGACGACGUCGCACAAAAAGAACAAGUGCAUCAUGGAAUUCGUCAGAGAGGCGCUCGAGAAGCGCUCGCCGGAAGGCCUGGAAGAUGUGGAACGGCUCGUCCAGGACUCGGACAUCACCCGCAUCAAGGGCGUCGUUUAUCGCGAUAUGGUCGAAGAGAACCGACAGGCGCAAUUCCUCGCUCUUUCCGUCAUCUACCUCGUCUCGGUGCUCAUGGUUUCACGAUAUCGAGACAUUCUUGAACCGCCCGUCUCUCCCUCGCCCUUCUUUAAUUCAAACACCAACCGCGUCGAACAUUCCGACGGAGACUCGUCAACGACGGACGGCUCGCCGCAAAAUACGUCGAACGGAAAAACGACGAAUGGCGAUGAAGUCGACGUUGAGAAUGGGAAAGAAAUGACUGAGAACGGAGAAAUCGACGAGGAAAAUGAGGGAGAAGAAGGCGGACAGGGAGACGACGGAUCCAAGGGAAUCGCGGCGAUCACGGUGGCGGCUGCCGAGAUGAAGCGGGGCGACGGGAAUGAGUACGACGAAGAAGAACUGGCGAAAAUCGCUCAAACGGCCGGUCGCCGGCCGUCCACACUGAUGCCAGUCCAACAAACGGCCGAAAGAAGAGCCUACCUGACGACGAGGCUCACAACCGCUCUGGAAACGUGUGCUCCGUUGCUCCGUGAAAUGAUGUCCGACUUCCGUGGAUAUUUGCAAAAAACACUGUUGGGAACGCACGGACAAGAGAUUAUGAACGACAAUAAAGUUUUGGCGACGCUACGCGACCGCAACGCGUCCGUCAUCGAGUUGGUCAUGCUGUUGUGCUCGCAAGAAUGGCAGACUUCACUUCAAAAGCACGCGGGUCUCGCGUUCAUCGAACUGGUCAACGAGGGCCGGCUGAUGGCCCACGCGACGAGGGAUCACAUUCUGCGCGUCGCCAACGAGGCCGACUUCAUUCUGAAUCGGCUGAGAGCAGAGGACGUCAGCAAGCACGCGCAGUUUGAGGUGCGUUUCGGGGAAUCCGGUGGAUUCGCAACUCGAUGCUUCGAAACUCUAACGCUUCGCUUUCUGACGCUUUGCAACUGUUACGUAGCAAGAAUUAUGUUGGUUGCGAAACGUACGAGUUACGAAGUGUCUGGUUGCGAAAACGUAAAUGUUCUUCGUACGAGUUACGAAGUGUCUGGUUGCGAAAACGUAAAUGUGUAAAAUGUUCUUUGCGAAACGUAAAUUUUCUUCUUUUCAGAGCGAAUCCCGUGAGCAGCUGGCCGCUCGUCACGAAGAAUACGGUCGAUGCGACCUUCUGAUCGCCUCCGGACGCCUGCGCGAUUCGCUCAACGCCGCACGUCUUCUCGAGAAGAUGUCGGCGAUUUUGAGCGAUCCGAACGACGAGAAAAAGUGGGAUUAUCGUUGAUUUACGUUGAACUAUUUUCAUUUUGAAAUGUUCAGCAGCACGCAAUUCUGGAAGCUGGACGUCUGGGAGGACGACAGUCGUCGCCGGAAACGAUUUGUGCCGAAUGUCAACGGAAGUCGGCACGAGGAGGCGAAUCUGCCGGACGGCGAGAAGACGGAGGAGCCGGAGGUGUCGGAUUUGGAGCGGAUUCGAAAAGUGCUAAAGGGGUACGUCUUUUUUUUUGGAAUUUGUCCCGAGAAUUUUGAGUGAAAGUGAAGCGUUUUUUGUUGUGUCGUGUAAUUCCAAGACACACGAAGACGUUGUUCAUCUGAAUUUUGAGUACUAUUUGAUCUAAUUGGCUGCAAAACACACUAUUUGUCAUAAUUUCUAGUGUGUUUUGGUGAUCACGCGAGAGGCGGUGACUUUCGCAGCUCUUAUUGGAGAUGUUUCCACUUGAUUUCUUCAUUUGUUCCGGACUUACACGCACUUUACAGUUUUCAAUUACAUUUUCCCCCCAAUUUUCAGUCUCUUCGCGCAACGGCAAAACGCGACGGGAAGUCAGGAAUUGGUGGACGAGACGGACAUCGACAAGUGGGCGCAGGAGGUGGAUCCGACGCCGAGCAGUCGUUAGUUUUUUGGCGAUUUACCGCCAUCCGCCUUUUCAAAAAAUCUAUUCCGCUCAUCUCUGAUCGUGUGGCCCUAAAAGUGAUAUGGUAUCAAUAUCUCACACACUCAUUUUUUAGUGACAGGUCUCCCUUAACUUCGCUUUUUUCGUAAUUUUAGAUAUUUCGGUCCCUUUUUCACUGGGAAACAUUGUAAAAUUGCGAAAAAAGAUACAGUCUGUUUAUUUCGUCGUGAAAAGAUCGUAAAUUUGCGCGAAACUCAUAAAACGCUCCGUAAUUUCUUCAUGAACCCAUGUUCGUGUCCACUUUUUUAAUAGCCCACUUUAAAAUGAGAGAUUUUUAUCUUCCCUGACGAAAGAGGAAUUCCUUACAGCCAAAUUCCUUACAGCCAACUGUCGUCGUUAAAAGGCCGGCCCAUGCCUGGACUUUUGACCCACUUGCCAUGAUCCGACAGGAACCAAACUUUGCAGGUUUUCUCGGACCCAUUGCGCUGUAAUCCAAUUCCAAAAAGUCUGCAAAGUUUUGAUCCGAUCGGAUCAUUGCAAGUGGGUAAAAAGUCCAGGCCUCAAAAAGCCAUCGAAACGCUUCCUGUCGAUCAGUGUCUUUUUUUCGCAUUUUCCAUCGUCUCCGGAGUCCCAUUAUUAGCCGAUCAGUCGGCGAAAAAUGAGUCGAUGUUUCUGAUUUUCGCGUGAAACGAUGAUCAAAUGAGACACGAGCGACAGAUGGCCCGAAAAUGAGAAUUAUCGGAUUUCGGAGGUGGAAAAUCGGCCAAGUUUGCUACCAAAAUGCCACGUAAUUACUGACCCGAAAGCAUGUCGUUUAACCAAAUUUCAGUUCUGAAAGGUCGCCUCUUUUCAAUUUUUGGUCCCGAAAAAUUGGUAUUUUCUGAGCAGUGCACAAACAUUCGGCGCGUAAAGUCACUCUCUCUCUCUCUCUCUCUGUCAGUUGUUUUGGUAAUUCAUCACUCGGCACAUUCUCCCGUGUCUCCAAAUCUCUUUUUUUUUCUUCCGCUGAUGACCGAUCGGAGUUCGCCUUUGUCAAAAACAAUUUUUUGGAGAGGAGAUCAAAGGCUUUUGCGAAUUUUUUUCACAAAAAAUUGAAUGACUAGGGUACCCUUCAAGUUUCUAGUGUUGUCUCAAAAAAUCGGGUGUGAAAACUCUUCCGUUGCACUUUGGCAAUCUGUUAAUUUCUAAGGAUUGUGCCGGACGCCAAAAAGAUCCCAUGGCCUAGGAGUUUUAUAGGCCACAAUGUUAACUGCGCGCUGUCAGACAUUACUGAGAAUUGGGACUCGGGCAGUGUAUGCGGCAAUAGGAGGCAAUUGAGACGGACACAUAAACUCGGAGGGUUCCCUUUUUCACAAAAAAUUUCCCUCGAUGGAAAAAGAGGCCGAAAUUCACCUGGAGAGAAGAGCUUUCGAAUGCAUAAUUGCUCGUUUUGGUGUGCCCAUUUGUCACGACGACGACGAUGAUCUAUGAGGACAUUUUGAUGGGAAUGAGGAAAAGGAAAAGAAGAGAAGAUGAAUUGUAGUGACAUGGCCGGGGAAGUGGGCACGAAGAGGGGCACUUUAGAGCACUUUAUCUCGGAAGUUUUCAAGAAAUAACGUGACACGUCUCUACUAUCGGAUACUUUAUUUCGUAGACCUCACGUCCAGUACUCAACAGUGACCAGCUCACAGACCCCCGAGGAUGGCCGGCCCAGGAUUUUUGAAGGCUUUCCGAGGCCUGAACCUUUAGAUCACUAACAAUUAUCCGAUCGGGCUCACAGUAGGUUUCAGAUCGCCGGACGAUGUCAAAAUCAGUUGUUUCAACAGAUUUUCGAUCCGUUAUGACUUGCGAGAAUCGUCAGUUUUAAAGAGCCACAAACUUAUUUUGCGGUCGAAAAAACGAAGCCUUUCCAGAGUUAUUUUGUAUGCCAAAUCCACAGAUUUUCGAUAUCUCUACUAGUUUUGUCAGAACAAUCAUAUUUUAUGUUGUUGCUCGUUUAGUGAAUAAGUCCUUCAGUCGAAAUCGUAUAAAAAUGAUGUGGAACGGAGUAAGAGCAUGCAAAAUGAAAAAAAAAACGGUCUUGGGCUGUCUUAAACAGAUUUUCGGAAAGUGAGUGGGUAGGGGAUCGUCAAAAAUUGUCCUCCGGAGAUUAUAUCGUUGCCCACACACACUGUAGUUGAAAACAGCAAAAAAGCAGCAAUUAUAGCAUCUAAUUGAUUGAAAGUAAUUGUAGAGAACGCGUGCUUCUCCACAUCGGCCAAACUGAUCGCUCCGGGCGUCGUCGUGCCCGGAACCCUCUCGAUCACCGCCACGGACCUGUUCUUCGACGCCAACGAGUCGGAUCCGCUUUAUAAGAAGCAGUGUGCUCAGGUAAUCGAUUGA